AAACUGCAGACAAAAAUGAGUUCUGCUACUAAGAUCAGUGAAUGUAUUUUAAACGGACAACGGAGUGAAGAGCAAAUAUCUCAACUAGCAAGCAAGUCGCAGCAAUCUGGGUGGAUUUUCGGCACAUCACCCUCCAGUGGGCUUCCUCUCAAAACGCCAAGCGGAUGCUUCACAUUUAUACAUCCGGUGAAAUAUCUGUCUCAUUGUUCUAUCUGCAGCUUAGCGAUUUCGACGCAUACAUCGGUGCUCCGGUAUCAAACGUAACAUAACUACGUAUUACUUCUGUCUAGCUAGUAGUGUAAUCGUGUGUGCGAGACUGGUGUUUUGGUGUUCGUAUCUUCUAAUUUCGACAGAAACGUGCAAUCGGGUGGAGAGAAUGUCAAGGCCACGAUCGCCACAUUAUUCUCACAGAGGCAGUCCAAGGAGGCAAGAUGCCCGGAGGUUCCCCUGGGACGACCCAGACUUCGACCCCCAGCAGGUUCUGGCUGACCUGGGCAGGCUGCCCUGGGAAGAGAGCCACAACCCUGGGGAGUCUCACGAGGACCAGUGGGUCCGCUUCAUGGACGAGAUCCACCCAGAUGGCCACAGAAGACCUAUGCCGAGAGGGAGCCUUCGGCCAAAGGGCCACAGAAGACCUAUUUCCCCAGGUCUCCACAGGCCUGACCAACACCUCCCCCCAGAGGACUUCCACCAUUGCAGGACCCCACCGCCCCCCCACGAGCUGGGCUACGCCGAGCGCAGGAGGCUCUACCCCCAUGAUGGAGGAGGGGGUGGCAGAGGAAGAGUGACAGAAGAAUUCCAAAGAUGCGAAGGAAAGCUGCCCCCCUCCCCGCAGAGGCUACCCAGAGAGAGGCUGCCAUCACUGGCCCCGCAGCACACUCACUACAGCCCUAGCCACCACCAGAGAGCACCCUCUGCAGGUUGGAGGAGAGAAGAGGGGGACCAGAGCCAGGAGAGGUCCAGGGACCGCAGCCCCAGGGAGAGGGUUCAGGGCGGGGGGAAGUGGGAGAGGAGGGGUGAGGGUGGAGAUUCUCCCGGUUCCUAUAGAGACAGGAAGAGAGACGACAUGCAAAGAGAGUGGAGCACCAUCUCUGACCGGAACCGGAGGGAAACUGUUGAACCGGUGAAUCCUGGGUACGGGAGGGAGACAGAGUUUAGGGAGCGCCGCCCCUCGUUGGAGAGGCCCCGGGAAGGGUACGGAGGAGGGAGGCCACUGGGGCGCAGUGGCCCCCUAGGGGGCCACAAUGGCCGGGGGCCUAAAGCCCUCAUCGUGGAGCAUGAACAUGGUAUUAUGAACAGCGGAGGGCCAGAACCGUACCACAACCACAGGGGCCCCGACCACAACCGGAGCCACAGCCACGACCGAUUCAGUCAUCAUCACAACCAGGUCGGAGCCUCUGAGGAGCGGUUCAGGAAGUCAGGCAGCAGGUCCAACACUAGAGAGGAGGCCAGGCGCCAGCCUGCACAUGAGAGGAGGGGGCCUAUACGUGAGUCCAAAAGGGGCCCUGUCCAUGAAGAUAGGAGGGGGCCUAUACAUGAGUCCAAAAGGGGCCCUGUCCAUGAAGAUAGGAGGGGGCCUAUACAUGAGUCCAAAAGGGGCCCUGUCCAUGAAGAUAGGAGGGGGCCUAUACAUGAGUCCAAAAGAAGCCCUAACCGUCAGGGGAGAGCCAGGCCUAUAGGCUUCCAGGAUAGAGGUAGUCCCACGGAUCCCAAGGCCAGAAACAGUACAUUCCGUGGGGCAAGGGAGGCCCCAGCCCGGGGUGGCAAGAGACAGAUGGGACCCUCCAGCAACCAACCCCAGCCUCUCCUCCAGGGACAGCAGGGGUACCAACCACGGGGUGCCAACUCUCAGCACUCCCCUCCAGAGCACCAGAGGUACCAACCCAGGGGAGAUGACUGGGACAUGGAGCCCAGAGAGGAGGAGCCCGGCUGGGCAGAAGAGAGCGACAUGGAGCCCCGCUGGGAGCAGGAUCGGGGACAAGGGCCACGAGGAGGCCGGCCACCGGCACGGUGCAGGAUGGGACCCAGGAAACCUCAGCUUAGAGAUCUCAACCCCAACUGGAACCAGCAGCAGAACAACAUGGCAAUGCCUCGCAAAGGCGCCGGCAAGGAGGAGACACUCAUCAUCAAAGUGGACAUGAAGCGCACCAUGGGCCAGAACAGCCAGCUGUGCUACUCUUCAGACCGCCAGCUGUCGUUGGAUCUGGUCAAUGUGGGCCGCCAGCGCCUCGACUUCCUACCCAUGCUAGAGCAUUCUGGGACGUACCGGGAGUCCACAAUGCACUCUGGGACUUUUGCCCAGGAGAUCAUCACCCUGGUGCACCAGGUCAAAGAGCAUUACUUUAGGGGUGAUAGUGUAAAGCUGACCGAGCGUUUCUGUGGCGCCCAAGAUGGUCUGCCUGAGGAGGAGCAGGAGGAAGAGAGGCCUACUCUGAACAGGCGGAUCAACAUGAGUCUGUCAGAGCCAGACAUGGAACCUCUCUUCUCCAAAGUUUGCCGCAUGCAGAAGCAGCAGCAGGCGGUGAGUGACCCAGGAGACCUGAGACAUGACCUGGAGAGGAGGAGACAGGAGAGGCUGGAAGGGGUGAAGGUCACCAUCCCUGGAGGCAGGCUCUCACAGCGCCCCCUGGUUGCUGGGAGUGACCAUCAUGAGGAGUAUGGUAGUGGGGAAGAGGAGUUUCAGGAGGAAGACGAUGGCUUCUCUUCAGGCUGGCCAGGCCUACCACAGAGAGGAGGGAGGUGGCCCGGAGAGAUGAGGAGAGGAGGCAUAGUUAGACAAAACAUGGGCGGCCAGCGGAGGAACAACCGGUCUCCUAAUCUCCCCGGCAACCAUCUGGGACCAAUAAGGCAACAGAACCGCAAUAUUAACGGUGCCAACUGGUGAAUGGACUCUUGGAUGGAGCCUGGGGUUAUGUGAGGUUAGCUGUUGAGCUCAGAGGAGUGACCAGGCCAACUGUAUAUACAAACGUAUUUGGACACCCCUUCAAAUUAGUAGAUUCAGCUAUUUCAGCCACACCUGUAGCUGACGGGUGUAUAAAGUCGAGCAUACAGCCAUGCAAUCUCCAUAGACAAACAAUGGUAGUACAAUUACCUUAUUGAGGAGCUCAGUGACUUUCAAUAUGGCACUGUCAUAGAAUGCCACCUUUUCCAACAAGUCAGUUUGUCAAAUUUCUGCCCUGCUAGAGCUGCCCCGGUCAAGUAAGUGCUGUUAUUAUGAAGUGAAAACGUCUUGGCGCAACAACGGCUCAGCCGUGAAGUGGUAGGCCACACAAGCUCACAGAACCGUCUGUCCUCAGUUGUAACACUCAAUACAGAGUUCCAAACUGCCUCUGGACGCAAUGUCAGCACGAGAAUUGUUUGUCGGGAGCUUCAUGAAAUGGGUUUCUGUGGUAAAGCAGCUGCACACAAGCCUAAGAUCACCAUGUGCAAUGCCAAGCGUCGCGGCUGGAGAGGUGUAAUGCUCUCCGCCAUUGGUCUCUGGAGCAGUGGAAAUGCGUUCUCUGGAGUGAUGAAUCAUGCUUCAUCAUCUGGCAGCCCUACGGAGGAAUCUGGGUUUGGAGGAUGCCAGGAGAACCCUACCUGGCCAAAUGCCUACUGCCAAAUGUAAACUUUGGAAGAGGAAUAAUGGUCAGGGGCUGUUUUUCAUGGUUCAGGUUAGGCUCCUUAGUUCCAGUGAAGGGAAAUCUUAACACUACAGCAUGCAAUGACAUUCUAUAUGAUUCUGUGCUUCCAACUUUGU